AUGGCCCUCAUCGAGGUGAUUGCGAAUGACCGUCUGGGACGCAAAGUUCGAGUAAAGUGCAGCCCCGACGACACGGUGGGCGACUUGAAGAAGCUUAUUGCCGCGCAGACGGGUACGGACUGGACGAAGAUCCAGCUGAAGAAAUGGUAUACGAUCUACAAAGAUCAUAUCACUCUGGGCGACUAUGAGAUUAAUGAUGGUAUGAGCCUGGAGAUGUACUGA